UCGGAGUGGGGUCCGCUGCCACCGGUAGCAGCGACGAACUAGGUUUCUGUCUGUAACAAGCCAUGGUGGUGACAUGGGACCUCCUCUCUGGGAAGACUUCUACGUCAACGUGGAGGACUUUCAUCCUAUGCUGUUGCCUUGUGCUGGCUGUGUUCUCCACUACUCAGAAGGUGUCUGGAGAGGUGUUCACCAAUUCGUUUCUUGUAAGACUUCACGGAGAACCGGGCAACGAGGUGGCCCACCGUGUGGCCAGCAGGAAUGGGUUUGAAAAUCUUGGUCCGGUUCUGGGCUCACCGAAUGAGUUUCACUUCGUUCACCGCUCGUUGCCCCACGCUCGCAGUAGGCGUAGUGUCCCCCACACGCGGCGCCUUAAAGUGGACCCCUUGGUGCAGCUGGCGGUGCAGCAGACGGGCUUCAAGAGGGUAAAGCGAGGCUACAAGCCCCUGCGGGUAGAGAACCUGGUGCACCACAUGAGGCCGCAGCAGGACCCAAGCGACCCCUACUUCCCUUUCCAAUGGUACCUGAAGAACACCGGUCAGAACGGCGGCAAGGCAAAACUGGAUCUCAACGUAGAAGCUGCCUGGGCCCAAGGCGUCACAGGAAAGAAUGUCACGACAGCAAUCAUGGAUGACGGUGUGGACUAUAUACAUCCGGAUCUGAAAUACAAUUAUAACGCGCGAGCCAGUUAUGACUUCAGCAGUAAUGACGCAUACCCGUAUCCACGCUACACCGAUGAUUGGUUCAACAGUCAUGGGACGCGGUGCGCCGGAGAAGUGGCUGCUGCCAGAGACAACGGCGUGUGUGGCGUCGGUGUUGCUUACGACUCCAAAAUUGCAGGUAUUCGAAUGCUGGAUCAGCCGUACAUGACUGAUCUGAUUGAAGCCAAUUCAAUGGGACACGAACCGAACCUUAUAGACAUAUACAGCGCGUCAUGGGGACCAACAGAUGAUGGGAAAACUGUUGACGGGCCGAGAAACGCAACCAUGAGGGCCAUCGUAAGGGGAGUGAAUGAGGGCCGUAACGGUCUGGGGAACAUCUACGUCUGGGCCAGUGGUGAUGGUGGUGAAGAUGAUGAUUGUAACUGCGACGGAUACGCUGCAAGCAUGUGGACCAUCUCCAUUAACAGCGCCAUUAAUGAUGGUCAGAACGCACAUUAUGACGAAAGCUGUUCCUCUACCCUGGCCUCUACCUUCAGCAAUGGAGCUAAAGACCCCAACACCGGUGUGGCAACGACGGAUCUGUAUGGAAAAUGUACGACGACGCAUUCCGGAACGAGCGCCGCUGCACCCGAGGCAGCUGGAGUAUUCGCACUGGCUCUGGAAGCAAACCCUCAGCUCACGUGGAGGGACAUCCAGCAUUUGACAGUACUCACAUCAAAACGGAACUCUUUGUUCGACGCUAAAGGUCGUUUCCACUGGACCAUGAAUGGCGUCGGGCUAGAAUUCAAUCACCUGUUUGGGUUUGGAGUCUUGGACGCUGGUGCUAUGGUAGCCCUCGCCAAACAGUGGAAGACGGUUCCUGCCAGGUACCACUGCGAAGGAGGAACAGUUUCCGAAACUCAGGAAAUUCCUUCCAGCCGGUCGGUACUGCUGAAGAUCAACACUAACGCGUGUCAAGGAACCGAGACCCAGGUUAGCUACCUGGAGCAUGUGCAGGCUGUCAUCACCCUAAACGCCACACGUCGAGGGGACGUCGAACUCUUCCUGACGUCCCCCAUGGGGACCAGAUCAAUGAUCCUGAGCAGGAGGGUGAAUGAUGAUGAUCACCGCGAUGGGUUCGCCAAAUGGCCCUUCAUGACGACACAUACAUGGGGUGAAUAUCCACAAGGAACCUGGUCGCUAGAGAUAAGCUUCAAUUCGCAGACUCCUCAAUCAGGAUUCAUUAAGGAGUGGACACUCAUGUUGCACGGGACACGAGAUCCGCCGUACAGUGGCCUGCCUGUAUCCGAUCCACACUCCAAACUGGCCAUCGUCAAGAAGGCUCACGAAGAACGCAACAAGCUCUAAAAAUUAAUCUAAUUUCUUCCUCUUAUCUCCCCACCCGAAGCUAAUACAUCCUCAUAUUAUACUC